AUGUUCCGCCUAUUCGCGCAAAACGGACUCACGACGACAUGCUUUUUCCUUGACGUGCAGAGAUUUAAGUUCGAGCGAGCAUCUCAACACCAAGGUGCUUCUGCUCACGAGGCAGGUGGUGUUGGCUUCAACAGCACAACAGCGGACGAGAAGAGGAGCAGAGGAGGAGCAGCCUCGACGCCAUGGAAUCAUGCUGCAGCAUCUUUCGCUUCCGUCUGCCAUGCGCUCACUGACUCCCUCUUGGUGUUGCCAGCAGGUUCUUUUGACCAAUACAACGCCAAGGCCGUUAUGCUUACAAAGCUGGUGGUGUGGGCGCCAGCAGCGGAGAAGAGGAGCAGAGGAGAAGAGGAACGGAGGAGAAGAGGAGCGGAGGAGAAGAGGAACGGAGGAGAAGAGGAGCGGAGGAGGAGAGGAGAAGAGGAGCAUAGGAGCAGAAAAGAGGCGUACCUUCGAGCACAUGGAAGGUUGCAAGUAUCACCCCAGCCCUCCACGGUCCACAUGAGCGCCCCCCUGGGUAAGCACUUCGUUUUUCUCUCGCAUGAAUCGUUGGCUGUUGUUCUGCACUCACUGACUCUCGCCUCGCUUCUCUGGCAGGUUCGCUUGACUGCGUUGGCCGCUGCAGCAGGAGACGAGCAGUGGAGAGGAGAGGAACAGAGGAGAGGAGCAGAGGAGGGGAGGAGAGUAGCAGAGGAGACGAGCAGCGGAGCAGAGGAGCAGCAGAGCAGAGGAGCAGAGGAGAAGAGGAGCACCUUUGAACACUUGGAUUGGAAGGUUCUCUCCACCUCGCCCAAGGCUCAACUUGAGCGGCUCAAGUCGCAAGGCCGUUCAGGGGAGCACCAAGGCUCUUCAAGCGAGUGCCACGGUCGCCCCAACACUCUCCAGAGGAGCUUCACGGCGGGCAGCACCGUCCAAGCCACACCACCUGCCUGCACGCUGAAGGUUGCAGUAAUGCCCCCUCCUGCCUCCACACUCCACACGAGCCCCCCCCCUUUCCCCUGGUUCAGGCUCUCCGCUUUAAGUAUCCUGCAGUCUAAGUAUCUUGCUUCUGCUUCUGCAGCAGGGCGCAGAAGCAAGGGUCAGGAGAAAGGCGCAGCUGCAAGGGUGCAAGGCGCAGCUCUCUGCUCGAAGCCUGCCCUGCAACUAGGUGCAGAAGCAACGUGCAACGGGCAGCAGAAAGGUGCAACGGGCAGCAGAAAGGUGCAACGGGCAGCAGAAAGGUGCAACGGGCAGCAGUAA